AUGGAAGACAGUGAUGGCGGUUUUGGGUACAACACAAAUUUUCGUUCGGGUCCUCCUAGGUUGCCGUUGGACAGGUUUUUAUGGGCUCAUCAUAGUCAACAGCAAGUCCCAAACGUUGAUGAUGAGAUGAAGAACAGAUCAGAAACAAUAAUGUUCUUCCCAGGAAAUAGGGUCGGAGAACAUUCCAGCAGCCAUGCAGUAGCGUCGUGGCCGAAUCCCCAAGAAGUAAUUAGGUUUUAUGAGUUUAUUCAUGGAGUGGACAGAUCGCCGCCGGUCGGUAAUAACGUUAAUGAAUCGCCGCCGGGAAGGCAAGUGAAGUACUCCCGAUCUUCCACUUCUACGCUGCUGAUCAGAGGUCAGUGGAGCGAAGAAGAAGACAGGAAUCUGAUCAGGUUGGUGAACCAGUAUGGAGUGAAAAAAUGGGCUCAAGUCGCCGAGAUGAUGGCCGGUCGUGCCGGAAAACAAUGCCGGGAACGGUGGCAAAACCAUCUCCGUCCAGAUAUUAAGUUAAUUAAUAUAAUGGAGUUACAGAAGGAUAGUUGGAGUGAAGAAGAAGAGAGAGUGCUGAUAGAAGUGCAUGAAAAACUGGGGAACAGAUGGGCGGAGAUUGCUAAAAGGAUUCCUGGGAGGACUGAGAAUUCCGUCAAGAAUCACUGGAAUGCCACUAAGAGACGCCAGAAUUCCACAAGGAGAAGCAAGAAGGUUCAAGAGAAUAAAUCCACUGUUCUUCAGGACUAUAUAAAAGCUAAGUAUCCUCCGAAACUGGAUUAUUCCGGCGCCGGCGUGUCAGAGAGCCGCCCUUCAAUCCAAACUGACCAGAUUUUGUCACCGUCGGCCGGCGAGGAUGAUGAUGAUGAUGAUUCUUCCUCCUUGCUGAUGCAAGAGGCUUACCAUGACGAGGAUAUGAGCUUCAUGGAGAGCUUAUUUGGGAACGACUCCACUGAUCCCUACCCGACAAUAAUGGCGGCGGAUCCCGGCAACCUUAAUAAACAUAACGAGGAACCCAUUCCGCCGCCGCCAGACCGUUACCUCGCCUACUUGUUGGAAGGGGCGACUACAUCACCGGCUUCUUCAUCAAUGGAGUUUACGAUGAACCAGCUGGGAUCAUCGUACUGUUAUCCUUCGUUGUCAAGUGGAACAAAGGCGGCUAAGGAUAUUGACUUGAUGGAGUUGAUAUUUCCUUCUCCUUCUCAAUCAUCUCAAGGAAGCAACAACAACACCAAUUAA